CAUUUGUUGUUGUUUCGUCGCAAGGUUCGGACGUGUUGUAUUCCGAGGUGCACAUUGGAAGUCGUUCGGCUCUGCGUUCAUUUCAUUUUUUUUUCUGUGUAAUUUUGUUUUGCAUACUGAGACGCAGACGGACACACGACCACGGCGGAGUCGUUCUGACUAACCGAUACCGUUACCCAAGCCUGUGCCCAGCCAUUAGUAGAUGUGAAAUGUGACGACACAACGAAAAAGUGUCCGCAAUCGCGCAGCCGAGGCGACAAAAACCAUUUUGCAAAAAGAAAAGAAAAGAAAAUAAAAAGAAAUACAACAAAAAAAGUGAGAGGAAUCGGCAGCGACGCUCACGCGUUGCGCCCCCAUUCAAAAUAAAAGUGAAAACGUGCAAAAUAUACAACGAAUAAGCAAAGCAAGAAAGAACAGCAGCAACAAGAAGAUAUUAAUUAUAAUCCGAAAAUGUGCGACGCUGUCGCAACCACCACACCAGCAACACCAACCAUCCCAGCAGCAGCGGGAUCUGGACCAGGAGUGGCUGCUGGGGAUACCACCACAUCGACAGCAAUGGAGGAGCGGACGCGACAAAGUUGCUGUCGCCUGUGCAUUGCGCCCGCCAGCGAAUGCAUUUCGAUCAUUAACAGUUAUGCGGCCGAUAAGGAACCGUUGGCCACUAAAAUACACAACUGCGUAAAUAUCAAGAUUACGCCAUUGGAUCGUCUGUCGCUUCAUAUUUGUCAUGCCUGCAUCAGCUAUUUGAACUCCUGGCAGAGCUUUAAGAAUCGCUGCCUCAGCUCACAGUCGAAGCAACGGCAGUGGCUGGACAGCGAUAAAAGCAAGCAACAGACGCUACUGGGAUAUUUGGAUUUGAACAAAACGGAGAAUGGAAGCUCCAUUGAACAACAGCAACAACAACAACAGCAGCAGCUCGAAUCGAAUAUCGAUUCGGCAACCAUUGCAGCUGAAAAGGCAUCCGCCAACAUUUUGGAUGGCAUACCGUCGCUGAAGAAACGCAAAUCGUUAACAGUUUAUCCGCUGCCCGCCGUGCCGAUCAAGGAUGAGCCUAUUGAUGAUACGGACGAUGACUUUCAAAUGAAGUGCAUAGACGAAUCCGAUGAUAUGAUGGAUCCCACAAUGUUCCUAGAGCGCUCCGAGCAUGAGGGCGAUGUGCCACUAAUGACCUCCGACUAUGAUUACACGGCGCAACACGGCGUGACGGCGGUUGCGGCGGCGGCAUCUCUGCCCGCCAGCGCGGUUGCAAACGUGGCCGCCGCCGGCGACUCGAAGGUGGCCAGCUGUCGGGCUUGCAGUCUGCAGUUCUCGACGCGCGCGAAUGCCCGACGCCACGAACGUAAUCUGCAUCCGAAUCUGUUUCAAUUGUCUACAGAUUCACCCAACAAUACGCCCAUCACAAAACCGACGCCGGCCCUGGCCGCCGCUCUGGAAAUUCAGCGUGCCGCAGCGGCGGCAGCAGCCACCGCAGAGGCAACCAAAGCCGCCGCCGGCGGCAACAUAUCAGCGCAAAAGUAUCGCCAGGUGGUAAUGAAUACAUUCAUCAAAUGCGAAAACGGCGGCUUCGACUACGACAAUCCAGAGCAGUAUCAGCAUCUGCUCACCCGCGACAAAGUGGAUUUCAUACAGGAGAACAACGAGUUUCUGGAGCAAUACCAGACGAUGACGUGUCGCUGCUGCAAUAAGUACUUCAACACCUACAAGAACUUCAUGGCGCACGUGCGCAAAAAGUAUCCGCUGCUGCCGCGCAAUCUCUGCUUCAACUGCCUCAAGAUGAACGACUCGAAGGCGCUGUUCAUAUCGCAUCUGAAGAAGCGCAACUGCAUCAAUCUGUAUCGCGUGCUCAACGCGCUGCGCCUCAAGCAGCCGAACUUUUCGCAUGCCAACGCAUCUGGUGUGGCUGUCUCGGCGGCCGACUUGAGUGUUGGCCAAGCGGCAGCUGCUGCAGCUGCAUCCGCUGGACACGAGACCUCAUCGGAGCGGCCAGAGAAGCUGCGUGCCAAGGAGCUGCUGGUGAACAAGCUGUAUGAGUGCAAACUCUGCCCGAAGGGCUUUCGCACCAAGCACGAGUUCCGCACCCAUGUGUACGACAAGCAUGCGGAUGUGCAGCGCAAGGACAACAAUUCGAUACAGUGCACCUUCUGUGGAUUGGACUUUGCCGAUCCCGUGGACCGGCGUCGCCACUACAACAACAUGGAGUGCAUUGUGCGGCUGCGCUGCAUGACCUGUGAUGCCAAGCUGGAGACGCAUCAGCGGUUCCUCGACCACGUCUACCAGGACCAUCUGGGCGGUGUGAGCAGCGAUAAUGCCUCAACGGCCAACAGUGGCGGCAUGGAUCAUUCCCCGGGCAAACGCAGCCUGCUGGGCGCCUUGGGCAUUGGCAUAAGUCAAUCAUCGAAUGAUGAGUCACGUAGCAGCACCCACAACAACAACAAUGCCGCGGAAGCGGCCUUCACCUCGACCCCGAAGCCAUCUGGAGGAGCGGCAGGCGGCACCGGCGGCACAGCAGCAGCAGUAAGUGGCGGCGGCUCCACAUCCGGCAGUCGUGAUGCACCCAAAUCGCAGUAUUUCUCCCGCAUGCCACAGGUGUGCCCGAUCUGUGGGCAACAGUACAACAACUACAACAACGUGCUGCGCCACAUGGAAUCGAAGCAUCCCAAUAAGCUGCCCGAAACGUACAAGUGUGUGCGCUGCGGCCUGGGCUAUCCCCGUAUCUCCUAUCUGCGCGAGCACAUGAUCAAUGUGCAUGGCGUGGACAAGAAUCGUCAUUCGGGCGGCUUCGAGUACAUUGUGAAUGCGGAUGCAGUCAAGCUGGCGGAUGGCAGCAUGCCCAACGUCUACACGGGCCGUUAUGAUUAUGUGAUGAAGGAUCUGAUGUCAAUAACAAAUGGUGGGACACUCGAUGAGGAUGAGGAGGAAAGCGGCAGCGUUGCCAAAAAGAUGCGACUGGAUGACAGCAGCAACAACAGCAGCAUCAACAUGAGCAUUGCCAACCAGCAGAAGGAGUGCCUCAUCUGCAAUGCGGUGUUCAGCAACAACAUUGGCCUAUCGAAUCACAUGCGCUCGCAUUAUACGGCCGCAACGGCAACGAAUGCGGCGCUGGCGGCUGCCAAUCGCAUGACGCCCAAAUCUUUGACAAUUACCGCAACGCCGCCAUUGGACACGACGGCGGCAACGUCGACGAGCGCUGCAGCUGGAGCCGGAGGGGGAGGAACGGCAGCGACAAGUGCAGCUGGAGCCGGCAGUGGAGCUGGUGGAGGAUCAACAACAGCCAGUGGACUACCGCCAGCCAUGGUGCAUCAGACGCCACAGGAGCAGGCCGUGUUCCGGCGCAGUCUGGACCAGGCGGCGGAUCGUCGCUUUCGGCGCAUGCGUUGCCGCAUCUGCCAGCGGCGAUUCAGCUCGAAGAAAUCGUAUCGCUAUCACAUGCUCACCGACCAUCAGGUGCAGAACGUGCAGUUCAUCAAGUGCAAGCUCUGCAAUGCGGAGUUCGCCUACGAGAAGGGCCUGAAGGUGCAUCUGUUCAAGGUGCACGGGCGGGCCAUCAAGGACGAGAUGAUUGUGAAGCAGUUCGAGUGCGACAUCUGCUCCAUUGUCUACAGCUCGGAGCUGGAGCUGCAGCAGCACAAGCGCAGCGUGCACAAGUCUCACGAUGCUGCCUCCAAAUCAUCGGCAACCAAAUCAUCAACCGCUACCUCAGCUGCUGAACUGGCGGACACAUCGGGCACGGGCGGUGGCGGGGCCGGAGCGGGCGCCGCCCUGCCGCUCUACUGGUACCAGUGCAAGUACUGCCCCUCCAACUUCAACACCAACAAGAAGCUAGCCAUCCACAUCAAUUCGCACGACGAGUUUGAUUCCAAUGAUUAUUCGUGCAAGGAUUGCGGCAAUGUCUACAGCGGACGCAAGAGCCUCUGGGUGCAUCGCUAUAAGAAGCAUCCGCAGGUGCCAGAUCCAGUGGAGUGCACGCUCUGCCGCAAGAUGUUCUUUGAUCGACAGAUGCUGGAGAAUCACACGCCCACCUGCAACCGGAAGCCCAUCACUGCCACCGGCGCCCAUCAGCAGGACCAGCAGCAGCACCAACAGCAGCAGCAGCAGCUGCAACAGCAACGCGCUAUAUUCAAGCACAAGACGGGCGACGAUGACGAUGAGGAGGAGGACGAUCAGCUGAUGCUGGUGGACGAUGGUGGCGUGGGCAGCGACAGCAACGGUGCGGCGGCCACCAGCGGCACAAGCAGCAACAAUCCAAAUGCGAUAAGCGCGAGCACAAUGAAGAUACGCAUACCGGAGGUGGCGUGCACCAUUUGUGGGGCACGCUUCACCGACCAGGAGAUGUUCACCAAGCACAUACAGAAGCACGAACAGGAUCUGUAUGUGGACAAUCCGCUGGCGGCCAUGUUCGACGAUGGCCCCGCCGAUGUUGGCCAAUUCAAGGUGGAGCGCCAGAACGAGAAUGGGGAAUACGCGUGCGAUUUGUGCGCCAAGACGUUCCCCCAGGUGAUUGCGCUCAAGGUGCAUCGCAAGUGGCAUUUCAGAGGUGAUAGCAAGCAGAAUCUCAUCAUCGACGGCGAAGCGACAACGCUGAACAACAGCAGCAGCAACAACAACAACAACAACAAUUCGCUGAGCUCCUCAUCGAUGCUACGCGAACUGCAUGCAGUGGGCCUGAUGCCCAACCAGCAACAACACCAGAAGCAACAGCAGCAACAACAACAACAACAGCAGCAGCAACAGCAGCGGAACAACACGUCGAGCAGCUCGAGCAAGUCGCUGAAGCGGAAACGUGAACUGAAAUGCGAAUACUGCGCCUCCACAUUCAUUAGCAACAACAACCUGCGUCGCCACAUGUACGAGCUGCACAAGCACGAGGUCAGCAAUCUGCCGGAGCCGCCGGUCAUUGAGGUGGACGAGCCGCUGACGUGCCGGCGCUGCGGCGAUAUACGCUUCGAUACCAAAGAGCAGUGGAUCGAGCAUAAGCUGGCGGACGCCAAAGUGGUGCGUCCCUUCUGUCCAUUCCAAUGGGGCUGUGAUCUGUGCGGCGAGUACCUGUCGCGCAAGGAGAAGCUCAUCAAUCAUAUUAACAAUCAUCUCAAAGAGGAUGUGAUAGUGCCGGUGGCGACAGCAGCCAGUAAGGCGCCCGUGCUGCCCAACAAGGCAAAGACGGCAGCUGGAACAGCUGCAGCAACAGCAACAACAACGGCUGCAAAGGGCAUAGUGCGAGCGGCGGCAGGAGCUGGCGGCAGGGUGAAUAAGGGUAAACAACUGGAGGAGCAGCUGACAAUGAAGGUGGCAACGAAGCAACAGCAGCAGCAGCAGCAGGAGGAGCAGCAGCAACAGCAGGCAUCAAAUGAUGAUCAUGCUGAGGAGGAUGAUGAUGAGGGGGAGGAGGAGGAUGGCAGUGAUAUGGAUGAGGAUGAUGACGAUGAGAGCGAUAGUGGCGAAGGGGAGAGCACGAGUGCUGAUGAUGAUGAUGAGGAUGAUGAUGACGAUGAGGGCGAUGUUGACGAUGAGGAUGAUGAUGACGAAGAAGAUGUGGAUGGCGAUGUUGUCGAACAGCAAUUGCUGCAACAAAAACAACAACAGCAGCAGCAGCAACAACAGCAACAACAACAACAGCAGCAACAACAACAACAACAGCAGCAGCAACAACAAAACCUCAACAGCAACAGCAAUAGCGUCGCUGCCCACGAUGAUGACGACGAUCUCAUUGAGGAAGUCAUCGAGGAAGAUGGCAUUGUCGAGGAGCUGGACGACGAUGAGGACGAUGACGAUGGCAACACAACCGACGAGCACCAGCACCAGCAGCUGGCAGCCAAUGCCAAUGCCAAUGCCAAUGCCAAUAGCAAGCAGCAGCAGCAGCAGCAGCCGAGACGCCUCAACUUUGACUACUCGCGCUCGGACAGCGCCAAGCUGAACGGGAAUGGCAAACAGACGCCGCAGCAGCUCGCCGCGGCCAAGUCGAAGGCGGGGCAGUCGGCGGUGCUGGUAAUGCAUAGCUCUGAGGAGGAUGAGGAGGAUGAUGACGAGGAGGGUGUGGAGGGUGAAGCGAUGAACAUUGAUGAUAUUAUUGAGGAAGAUGAUGGGGAGGAUGAGGACGACGAUGUGGUUGGUGUCGAUGGUGGUGUUGUUGAGGAUGACGAUGAUGAUGAUGAUGAUGAUGAUGACGAUGACGAUGACGAUGAUGAUGUUGAAGAAGAUAUGGAUGAGGACGACGAUGAUGUGGAGGAUGACGACGACGAUGUCGAUGACGACGUCAAUGGCGUCAAUAUGCGCAACAACAAUCGUCGUCGUGACGGUGCUGUGAUGGUCAGCGGCAUCAGCAUUGGCGACGGUGAGGCUGAUGAUGAUGGUGUUGCUGAUGCUGAUGCUGAUGUGGAUGGUGAUGUGGAUGGUGAUGAUGAUGGUGAUGUGGAUGGUGAUGCUACAUCAUCAUCGGGGAGCGAGUCAACAGCAACAUCGCAUUCAAUUGGAGCAACUGCAGUCACAUAUUAAAAGCCAUUUUCUGAAUGGGCCCUCGGCGGGUGGCAGCGGCAGCAACAGCAGCAACAGCAGGAGAAUCGGUGCCGGCGCUGGUAGCA